AUGGCUGAAGAUUUAAUGAAUCCGUCUCAACAUAUUGAAAGGGUAAUUCAUUCACAAACAAAAGAGGAAUCACAGAAAAAUCACUUACGCCUAAGGGCUUCAGUUAUAGCUGUCAGGUUACUAGCACUCCAAGGUUGUGCCUUUAGAGGUCACGAUAAAUCUUCAUCUUCAUUGAAUCGUGGAAAUUUUAUUCAAAUGCUUAAGACUUUUGGACAAUUGAGUAUGGAAGUUGAUAAAGUUAUAUUAGAUAAUGCUUCGAAAAAUGCUCAAUAUAUUGCUCCAAAUAUUCAUAAGGAUAUUUUGCAUAUUAUGGCUAAUAGAGUACGACAGAUGAUUCGUGAGGAUGUUGGAGAUGAACGCUUUUGUAUUCUUGUGGAUGAAGCAAAAGAUGAAUCUAAUCGAGAGCAAUUGGCCAUUAUUUUGAGGUUACAACUGGCAUUGAUUUCUGCAGCUAAGGAUGUCAGUGUUAUUUGGGAAUUCUUUUCUCAUUUGGAUAAUAUUAUCAAUAUUAUUAAUUCUUCUUCUCAGCGCAUUAGUGAGUUGCAAAAUGCUCAAAGAAAAGAAGUUGAGCAUAUGUUGAGUAUUGGAGAGCGUGAGUCUGGAAGUGGAGCCAAUCAAAUAGGUAAUUUGCAACGUGCUGGAGCAACACGUUGGAGUUCCCAUUAUGAUUCUGUAAAAAGCAUGAUAGGCAUGUAUUCUACAACUUGCAAGGUGCUUGAAUAUCUUAAAGUUCAUUGUUCAAAAGCAAGUUCUCGAGCUGAAGUCCGUGGCGCUUAUAGACACUUUGCAUGUUUUGAAUUUGUGUUCAAUUUGCUUUUAAUGCACAAAAUUAUGAGAAUAACUGAUGUUCUUUGUCAAGCUCUUCAAAAAAAAUCACUAGACAUUUUGGCUACUAUGAGAUUUGUUUCUACUGCGAAACUUAUCCUUCAAGAAUUGAGAGAAGAAGGUUGGGAAGUGUUUCUUCAAGAAGUAAAAGAUUUUUGUUCAAGACACAACAUUGACAUACCGGAUCUAGAUUCUUCAUAUAUGAUUGGUCGUUGUAGGGAUGAGACUACAGUUGAGCACCAUUAUCAUUUUGAUGUUUUCAAUGAAGCAAUUGAUUUUGAGUUGACCAACAGUGGAAGGUCAGAUACAUACAUUAUGAUAACUAGAUUGAUUCGUCUUGUAUUGACAUUACCCGUUUCUACUGCAACUACUGAGCGAGCAUUUUCAGCAAUGAAACUUUUGAAGACAACACUUCGUAACAAAAUGGAGGACGACUUCCUUGCUGAUUGUAUGACUCUCUACAUUGAAAGAGAACUUGCUCUUACAAUAGAUGUAGAUUCUGUUGUAGAUGAAUUUUUUGUUUCAAAACCUCGUCGAGCUCAAGUUUAA